CAAGCUAGGAGGCGGUGAUGUAGGCCUAUGUGUGUAACGCCAUUUUCUAUGUUUGUGCGUGCAGUUUUUGUAUUUUUUGACGUUAACAGGACUUACUGGUGACAGUGCAUUAACAGCUGGUGUGCCUGAGAAAUGGAUUAACAACUGUAGUAGAUAUAUGUGUGUCUGAUGUGCGUAGAUUGGCAUGCGGAAACUGCUGCGAAGGAAGUGGUACGCGAAUUUGAAUUGGGCGACCCCCUGCCCUGUAUGAGCAAUUUGUAAGCUUGAUGAUUUAUUUGGGCUCCAGAACUGUGCCCGCCUUUAUUGGUGAAGCUUCCAUAUUCUGAAGUGCCGUACAGUGAAUGAGACAAAAGCUUGUCUAGGAUCUCGCAGGCAUGGCGUGAAGGAUGGGAAGUGAAAUGAGAAUGCAUGCGUUCCUGCACGUCACUUCCACGUGCGCUGGCUAAGUACGACACGCGACAAAUCGUGUAAGGCACAGUAGGUGGUGGUGAAGUUCAUCAGUCAGCACAUCAUUUUUGAGCAAGGGAUGGCCAAAGUUUCAUGUUUGCGGUUGCAGGAUAAGGUCAUGUCGUGAAAGUGCGCGGUGCCGACCAGCAUGCCGCUGCCAAAACGCAUGGUGGAGCCUGUGCAUGUUGCACGAGGCACCAUACCAGAAGAUUUCCCUCUGCCGUCAGAAUUGGAGGCAGCCACUAAUGGUACGCUGGCCAACACAGUGCGGCAGUUGUCAAGCUUGAGUCGUCAUGCUGAAGAUCUGUUUGGGGAACUAGCACGGGAAGCACAUGGCUUGGCUGCCAGAGCAAAUUCGCUGCAGACACGUAUCGAUCGUUUGGCUGUGAAAGUUACUCAGCUAGACAGUAAUGUUGAAGAAGUUUCCCUACAAGAUAUUCAUAUGAGAAAGGCUUUUAAGAGCUCAGUAGUAUUUGACCAACAAGUAGUUUCACGUGAUACCAUGCCUACUGCCAUGCUUGAAACAUACCAGACUUGUGAUAAGCCACCACCACUGGAUAAACUGAAUUCCUACAGGGAGGAUGGUAAAGAUGGUUUAAAAUUUUAUACUGAUGCAAAUUAUUUCUUUGACCUGUGGCGGCAAGAGAUGCUCAAAGAUACAGAAAGAAUGAUGCAUGAUCGAGGGAAAAAGCCAUUGCUGUUGGGGGGUACAUACUACGAGCCUCACCGUCCACGCAAUGAAGGAGGUGGUGGUCGGCAUAAAAAGCGAGUCCGGCAACCACAUAAUACAAGGGAAAGACAGCGCCAGUUGGCAGUGGGGCACGGGGAAUAUAUCAUGCCACAGAACAUUCAUUAUAGAACACCACAGCCUGUUCAGCAGCCUGAUGAAACACUCCUAACAAUGGGAAUGGGGAUGUCAGAACCACAUCCUCCAAGACCCAACAGCAUUGAAUUGCGUCGAAGUUAUCCCGAGCAAGUGGAUUCAGUGUAUAGUGGUAACUCAGGAGUGUAUAGUCCACGGCAUACACAGAGCCCUACAGAAUCGCACUAUAGAGCCAAUUAUCCUGUCGGCUAUGAAGAAUCUCUUUAUCAGCAACAGUACAUACAGGGUCAGCCUAUGGCUGGGGAUAGUUACCCUACUCCAAACAAUCAUACUCCUAGUCGUAGCAAUGGAACACGGGCCACUUCGCAGCGCCCCUCGCAGCCUCCUCCAGCUCCACCUAGUACCAACAACUCCAGCAAUAGUACACCAACUGUAUCGUCUGUCACCAAUACGCCAACUCGAGGACGGAGUAUGAGUGCUGGGAGGGAAACCCUUCCUCCACCACCUCCUCCACCUGUUGAAACCAUUGGUUCUCCACCUGGUAUGAAUGGACCAUUCCCUUCCCAUCUUCGAUCCAGAAGUCGGAGUGGCAGUCGAUCAGGAAGUCCACUUCCUGUUUCAACCCAUUCUACCCCUACUCCACCCUCAAAUCACAAUACUGCCCAUUCUCAUUCCCUGAGCAGAAAUAAUACUCCUGAACCACAACAGCAGCCUCAGACAGAUUUGCCACCUCCACCACCCACACCAGAGCAGCAGCAGGCUGCACCAUCUCCACCACCACCUCUCACCAUGCAGCAGUGCCCCACUUCUCCUCCAUGCAACAUUCCUCCUCCUCCACCACCACCACCCCCCCCACCAAUGACUUUGCCUAAUGGUCCAUUGUCACCACCUGCACCAGCUGCUCCCAUGUCUCCACCACUGGUGAAUGGUGAUGUGGGAAAGUCACCGCUGAAGCAAAUAAUUUCCACAUCACCACCGAAACAGUCACCUCCUAAGAUGGAGAACCCUACUCGUAACAAACCGGCCAAUCCACCAGCACCUGCCUUUGAUCCAAGGAGCGAUUUGCUCAAGGCUAUACGUGAUGGAAUUAAGCUAAGGAAGGUUGAAAAAAAUGAACAGAAGGAAGUAGAACGUGUGAAUGCAUUACAUGAUGUUGCAUCUAUCUUGGCCCGUCGAGUGGCUGUUGAAUUUUCCGAUUCAGAUUCAGCGUCUGAGAGUGAAUAUGAUAGUGAGGGAUGGGGUGAACAGGAGACGAGUGCGUGACAUCAGCGCACUGACAGUGGACAUUCACAUCAUACUGAUGAGCAGUCCCAGGAAAUAAACCAGGAAGCUGAGUGUGAGUAAUAUGGCAAGAGCAGUGAGUGCUUGUGUAGUGGCCGAUGUGUGGUGCAAAGCAGAGGGGAGCAGGUAUCCAGCAUUCAGCACACACUUGAAUUAAAUCAUUUAAACAACGCUGAAACGAUUCAUAAAAUUUUACAUUUUAAUAGUUGUUUGGGUAAGUAAUGUGUAAUGUAACGUGACUUUUGGAAGCAUGUUAAUUAGCUUCCAGCAAGGUAAGUGACUGGUCUGCACACCAUUGUGGAAUAAAAUAUUCUCAAACUAAGAUGAUUCAGCUUCCAGAGCACCUGCAAAUAGCAUAACAUGAAAAAUCAGUAUUAGAUAUAUAAUGGAAUUAGACAUCAGCUUAAGCCUAAUACAUAUUAAAAUAGCUUCAAGAACUAUCUGUUAAUCAGUAUUUUGGAUCCCACCUUCAUCUCUGGAUCAUAAUUUGAUAAUAGUGUUUUGCUAAUAGAGAAAUCUUUAGCAAUCAUUUAGGGCUGUAGGACUGAAAUUUUAGUUGACCCUAGAGUGCAUGCUUGUACUUCAGCUUUACAAUUGCUGUAACACAGAAAUGAUAACCUAGGUCAGAUUUGGAAGAUUUUCGGUAAUAAGGUAAAAUAAUGUAAUGCUAGGUUGUAAAAGACAGCAUAAAAUAAUUGUGGCAGGAAUUACAGCUUUGGAUAUUGGAUUGCUUUUGUGUGCUGGAUUAUGUUUGAGGCUGCUAGAAUUCAAGUGUGUGAUAAUGGAGGUAUGAAGUCAGAAUACACAUGUAGUGCCCAUGUGACACCCAAAAAUCUGUGCAGUUAACUGUUGCAGGUCUCUAUUGAUAGUGGAGUGUACAUAGAACACAACAUUUGCAUUGGAUAUAAAUGAAACACAUUGUUUACAUUGUUUUAUAUAUAUGUGUGUGUGUAUAUAUAUAUAUACAUACAUACACACCAACUUCAUAAUUUUUUAAAAUAGUUUGAAUCUCCUUGAUUGCUUUAUCUAAAGACUACAAUGCCAGUACAAUGCACAGAAAAUUUUUGAAAGGUAAUAGUAACAGAAUUGAACCUUCUCAUAAAUGAUUAGUCAGAUCAGCAUAAAUGACAAACAUUUCAUUGUACAAAUAAGUAGACUGAGGAUUUUAAUAUAUUUGGGGAGACGUGUUAUAUUACUUUGGUGAAACUUCACAGAAGUUGUGUUACACAAACAAAUUUGUGAUGAAAGACAUCGUACAUAAUUGGGAAGUUUGUUGUGUGUUAAAUGGUAUGAGGGUUUUAGUUACCUGAUUCACUGUCGUUAUUAUCUGCCCAGUUCCAUUUUAUAUUUCAGUAAAACUUUUGGCCAUGUAAUAUGUAUAAUAUUUGGGGCAGGGAACACCAGGUUUGAGCAUUGAUUAUUUCCAUAUAUAUGUGUUUUCAUUUCUCUGUAACUGUAGCCUUGGAUCAUGUUGUGUAAUGAGCCUCUUACCUGCCGCUGGCCUGCGGGGAUGUUGGACAUUAUAAAUUAUAAGGACUUCAGAUACAGUUCUCCAGUUAAUUUACUAGCCUAUUUUAAAUGUAAGAAAUCUUGUAAUUGAUGACAAGCAUUCAUAUAAUUCAGUUGUAAUAUAAUAAUGGUAAUAAAAUAAUAAUAACAAUAAUAUAAUGGUGCCAGCUGUGUAAAAGUUGCCAAGUGUUUGGUGUGCGAGGUGCCAGUGUAUGAUGCUCUGUGUGGAAAGGGUCCAUUUUGUUGAUCGAUUUUUGUAAAAAAUAUUUGGUUGCUGUUACAGGAAUGUAAUUUAUUUGUACCAUGUUUUGGCUUCAAGAUUAUUAAGAUAUUAAGCAUCUCUACCAAUAAAUACAUUGUAAAACUUAAUCCUGUACAUGUAUUCCAAGCUGUUACUUGAACUGAUUUUCAGAGAAAGGGAAAAAAUGCUCAAAUUUGUCGUUAGUAUGUUUCUGUGGAUGAAUGUAUUGUCAGUUAAUGGACAGUUCAUGGUACAUUUGCCAGAGUGGCCCCUUUUCAUAUAGGAUAGCAUGUUACGUAUUGGAUUCUAGUUAGAGGGUGUUGCUCUCCCAUAUUGUAUUUACUUCCAUUGUACAGUGCCGGGACUUCUUGUCACAGUAUUUCCAGGGAAUUUAUAUAACAAUAUUGAUAAUGUAUUGUAUAAUGUAGGUAUAUUAUUUUUUCUUAUAUCUGUAAACUUUGUUGGAAUUUGUCUGCUAAAUGAGCUGUUAUAAUAAUAUAGCAGAAUAUGAUAUAUACGGAACCUGUACCACAAGUGUGAUCUAGUGAGAUGUGAAUUGUGCUUUCUGCUGAACUUUGUUAUAUAAUACAGGUUUGCUAUAUAGUGGUAGUGCAUCUGUACAGAGCAGAAAGCCAUUUCCACUAAAAUGAUACUAGGUUUGAGAUUAAAUCUGUUCAAUGUUCAAAGUGAAUGGGCCUUGCUAUUGGCAGGGUUGGGGACAGUUUUAGGUUUGAUGGAUGGUUAUACUUGCUUUCAGCUUCAAAGUGUAUGUAAUCCUGGUGCUAAUGGUGAAACAUUACUGUUUUAACUGUGAUGUAUUCUGUUGAUAAUUCCUUCAUAUAGUGAAUAGGCUUGAAUAUGGAAUUUCAAAACUGGAGUAGUAAUCAGGUUGAAUCAUUCAGUUAAUACUGUCAUGUGAUACGUGACUAAACUAUGGGUUGUAGUUGGUAAUUUGCUUUAUUGGGCACUGAUUUAUAGCAACACAUGAUUCACAGUUUACAAGUAUUUACAUUGGUUCACAGUCUGUUAUACUGCUCUUACUCAAUUCAUCACCGACUCUGUUGUCAUGGACGCGUUCCUAGGUUUGCAGGCUUAGAUCCUGAGGCCAUGCUAGCUCGCAGGUUCUUGUUAUAUUGCUUUAUUGCAGACCAACGUGAAAACACCGCCUCCAGCUGGUCCUUGACUGCUGUGCAUGCAUGUGGCUGUUGGGAUUGGUGCUUGUUAUUGUCUAGUAAUACAUACUUCUGCAGUAUCUGAAGCUUCUGGUGUCUAGACAUCAUGUCACAGUGCAGUUAAAUAUGGAACAUACAGUUAUUAAUGUAAAUUAAAAAGAAAAGCCCUACACAAGUUGAACCAGUGUAGUCUGGAUAGACACAGUAUACCACUCAGGAAUGGAUAAUGACUAAUCUUUUUGUCAUAAUGGGCUUUGCCUGUAGCAGAUGAUGCUGUACUCGUAGUGGUGAACAGAAUUACAGUUGUAAGAUUUGAGGCUUUCACGGCGGUGACUAUGAAGAAAGCAGUCUUCUGGGAUUUGGCACCGUGUA